AUGGAGGAAACUAGUGGCGGUGAUCACGUGAGUGCAGGUUCAGGGGAGCGGAGGAUGAAGAUGAAGGUGAUGGUGGCUAUAGACGAGAGUGACGGGAGUUUCUAUGCUCUUAAGUGGGCCCUGGAUAACCUAUUCCCCACCAUAGCUACUGUGGGAACAGCAACACCUGAUAAUGACGGCAUGGUGUUUCUGGUUCAUGUUGAGUCCGUAUUCCACACCCAUGUGUACCCGGUUGGACCCGCUGGAGCUGCGUCUUAUCCACCAUCCACAGUGGUGGAUUCGGUAAAGAAAGCCCAAGAGGAAAGAUCUGCUGCUAUUCUCUCACGGGCAUUGCAAAUGUGCAAGGAUGCGCAGUUGAAAGCAGAAAGUGUCAUUCUUCAUGGAGACCCAAGGGAAAUGAUUUGUGAAGCAGCAGAGCAAAUGCAAGUUAAUCUCCUAAUCAUGGGUAGCCGUGGCCUUGGCACGCUCAAAAGGACAUUUCUUGGAAGUGUAAGCGACUAUUGUGUACAUCAUGCAAAAACACCUAUCCUUAUUGCGAAACCACCAGAGGAGCACAAUAAAAAGCAGUGACUGCAGUUUUUCUGCUAUGUUUAAGAACGUCUUUCCAAUGGAAGAGUGCGGAAUAUAAUUUAUGUAUUUUA